GUUUGGGGGGGGCGCAAGAUGGCGGCGGGCGACGCGGUUGGGAGGUACCGCAGCACUGUGGGCAGGAGCAAAGACCCCUCGGGGCUGCUCAUCUCGGUUAUCAGGACUUUGUCCACCAGCGAUGACGUGGAGGACAGGGAGAACGAGAAGGGGCGGCUGGAGGAGGCGUACGAGAAGUGCGACCGCGACCUGGACGAGCUGAUCGUGCAGCACUACACGGAGCUGACCACGGCCAUCCGCACCUACCAGAGCAUCACGGAGCGCAUCACCAACUCCCGCAACAAGAUCAAGCAGGUGAAGGAGAACCUGCUGUCCUGCAAGAUGCUGCUGCACUGCAAACGGGACGAGCUGCGCAAGCUGUGGAUCGAGGGCAUCGAGCACAAGCACGUCCUGAACCUCCUGGAUGAGAUUGAGAACAUCAAGCAGGUCCCUCAGAAGCUGGAGCAGUGCAUGGCCAGCAAGCGCUACCUCAACGCCACUGACAUGCUGGUGUCAGCAGUGGAUUCCCUGGAGGGUCCCCUCCUGCAGGUGGAGGGGCUGAGCGACCUGAGGCUGGAGCUGCACAGCAAGAAGAUGAACCUGCACCUGGUGCUGAUCGACGAACUGCACCGGCACCUCUACAUCAAAUCCACCAACCGCGUGGGGCAGCGCGGCAAGGACAGAGCCCGCCUCGGGUCCCUUGUGAAAGACGCCUCUCCUGCGCCUCUGAUGGAUGUCACUAAUUUAUCUACACCUCGGAAAUUCCUUGAGACUUCCCAGUUCAGUACUCCUGGAAGCUCCAGCAUGCGAGACUGCAGCCUUCUGGAAAUCAAAGAGGACACAGACCUGGAUCCAGAGGAGAACAGUGCUGUCUUCAUGGGAAUCCUCAUCAAGGGGCUGGCCAAGCUGAAGAAAAUCCCAGAAACAGUGAAAGCCAUCCAGGAUCGCUUGGAGCAGGAGCUCAAGCAGAUUGUGAAGCGCUCCACCACUCAGGUGGCUGACAGUGGGUACCAGAGAGGGGAGAACAUUUCCCAGGAAAAUCAGCCUAGGCUGCUGCUGGAGCUGCUGGAGCUGCUCUUCGACAAGUUCAACGCCGUGGCCGCCGCGCACUCGGUGGUGCUGGGCCACCUGCAGCAGACAGUGGCCUCCCCCUGCAGCCAGUACGACGGGGAGAUCAAGCUCUACGACAUGGUGGACGUGUGGGUGAAGAUCCAGGAUGUCCUGCAGAUGCUGCUGACCGAGUACCUGGACAUGAAGAACACGCGCACGGCCUCGGAGCCCUCGGCCCAGCUCAGCUACGCCAGCUCCGGCCGCGAAUUCGCCGCCUUCUUUGCCAAGAAGAAGCCCCAGAGACCCAAGAACCCUCUCUUUAAGUUUGAAUCCUCAUCCCAUGCCAUCAGCAUGAGUGCCUACCUGCGGGAGCAGAGGAGGGAGCUGUACAGCAGGAGUGGGGAGCUGCAAGGAGGACCAGAUGAUAACUUAAUUGAAGGUGGCGGGUCCAAGUUUGUCUGCAAACCAGGAGCCAGGAACAUCACCAUCAUCUUUCACCCCCUGCUCAGGUUCAUCCAGGAGAUCGAGCUGGCCAUGGAGCUGGGCCCAGCCAAGCAGUGCCCGCUGAGGGAGUUCCUCACCAUGUACAUCAAGAACAUCUUCCUCAACCAGGUCCUGGCCGAGAUCAACAAAGAGAUCGAAGGCGUCACCAAGGCCUCGGAUCCCCUGAAGAUCCUGGCCAACGCCGACACCAUGAAGAUCCUGGGAGUGCAGAGGCCUCUGCUGCAGAGCACGGUGAUCGUGGAGAAGACAGUGCAGGACCUGAUGGACCUCAUGCACGACCUGAGCGCCUACUCGGACCAGUUCCUCAACAUGGUGUGCGUGAAGCUGCAGGAGUACAAGGACACCUGCACCCUGGCCUACAGGACCAUCGUGCAGUCGGAUGAGAAGCUGGUGAUCAGCGCGUCCUGGGCCAAGGACGACGACAUCAGCCGGCUCCUGAAAUCCCUGCCCAACUGGAGCAACAUGGCUCAGCCCAAGCAGCUGAGGCCCAAGAGAGAGGAGGAGGAGGAUUUCAUAAGGGCUGCUUUUGGCAAAGAAUCCGAAGUUCUGAUCGGGAAUUUGGGAGACAAGCUGAUCCCUCAGCAGGAGAUCCUGCGGGACGUCAGCGACCUCAAAGCCUUGGCCAACCUGCACGAGAGCCUGGAGUGGCUGGCAGGACGCACCAAGGCAGCUUUCUCCAGCCUCUCAGCAUCCCAGACCAUGUCCCCAGGCCAGGACAGCCAUGCCAGCCUGGAACACCUUCCUGCAUCCGAGCAGAUCCUGCAGAGCCUGAGUGAGCUGGCCAGGUCCUUCCAGGAGAUGGCCGAUCGCUGCCUGCUGGUGCUGCACUUGGAAGUCAGGCUUGGGCCACCUCAUCUCCUGCAUCCUCAUCAACGGCGCCCACUACUUCAAGCGCAUCAGCGAGUCCGGCAUCAAGAAGAUGUGCAGGAACAUCUUCAUCCUGCAGCAGAACCUGACCAACAUCACCAUGUCCCGGGAGGCCGACCUGGACUUCGCCAGGCAGUAUUACGAGAUGCUCUACAACACAGCGGACGAGCUGCUGAACCUGGUGGUGGACCAGGGCGUGAAGUACACGGAGCUGGAGUACAUCUACGCCCUGAACCUGCUGCACCGCAGCCAGACGGGUGUGGGGGACCAAACCACGCAGAACAUGAGGCUGCAGCGCCUCAAGGAGAUCAUCUGCGAGCAGGCUGCCAUCAAACAGGCCACCAAGGACAAGAAAAUCACCACCGUGUGACCCCCGCUGCCACCCACGUCACCCGCGGCUGGCGGGUGGCACCUCCGAGUUCUUUUUGUCGGUUUUGUUCUGUUUCAAUCAAAGAAAAAGUGGGAAUCUUCCGGGCAUUGUGGUGAAGAGGGAAGUGCCAUUUGAGAUUUGGGGUUGGGGUGGUUUUGGUGUGUAUCCACGUGACGCUUCUUCAGUGUUCUCCCAAAAGUGAUUCCACAGCAGGAACCCCAGUGGGGUUUGGGGUGGGGUAUUCGGCUUUGCUGUGUUGCUGCUGCUUUGCCUGGAGAUGUAAAGGGAGCUGUGGGGGAGGAGAAGGGAAAAUUUGGUCUUGGAAAUUUGGACCACACUAAAUAAUCAGCACCCUGCCAGUCAAUCCCAGACCUGUUGAUCACACGUGGGAUCUUGAUGGUUUGGAGAUCUUUCUUGGAGCCUGCUCAGCUCUGCUAGUGCUGUCUCCAGGUUGUACCCACGUGAAGUUUCCCGCUGUUUCCACUGCUAAAAGAUGCGAUUGUUUGUCCCUUCAGGUGGUGAUCAGCCAGUUCUCCACGUGGGAGGUAACACAAGACCAUUUGUUUCCACUUCUCCUCUUUCAUUAUCCCUGAGCCAUCUGGCGCCAGCUCCUGCAGGAGAAAAUUGCCAAUGUAAAAUAACAAAAAAGCUUCCUUCUCUUGUCCUGAAUAAUAUCUUUGAGUCCCCCCAGCUCCAGAGAUAUUUUGUGGCUGUCACUUGAUGCACUGGAAGGACAGGCAGGGUUGUUUAGCUCAGCACCAAUGAUCAGCAAGGGCAGGAAGGGCACCAAAUCCAGGGUCUGAGGCACACCCAGGGCACCAAUUCUGCCCUGCCUUGACCCUCUAAAUUCACCUGGCAAAAGGUUCCUUAUUCCUCCAAAAUCAGAAUCCACUGCAUUUGUAUUUGCCAAGAAAACUGGGGACCCAGCUGGGUUUCCUGUGCUGAGAAAGGUUCUCUCUGAGCUGUAGGUGCUUUGUGUGUCAACCUUAAAACUGCAGAAUUAAAGGAUGUUUAAAGGCC